GAUUCGUUUCUGUUUCACUAGGCUGACUCGUGAUGAAAAGCUGUGCUAGUUACGUAAAGAACAAUGGCAGAAUUUGUUAGAGCUCAAAUUAAGGGUGACAAAGUAGUUGUGUUUUUGAAGCCGUCCUGUCCUUACUGCGUACUCGCGAAGGAUGUUUUGUCAAAGUAUAAAUUCAAAGGUGGACAUUUGGAGUUGAUCGAUAUCAGCGGACGCAGUGACAUGGGCAGCAUUCAAGACUGUCUGCAACAGAUCACGGGGGCGCGCACCGUUCCUCGAGUCUUCAUAGGGGAGAAGUGUAUUGGAGGAGGAAGUGAUGUCGAAAGUCUUGACCGUUCUGGAGAACUGAAAGGCAUGUUGCAGGCUAUCGGAUCUCUGCAGUGAGGGGCGUCAAGAAGGGGUCACAUGAUGCUGCAGCGAGACUUGCGGACCUGCCGCCUGCGUUGCUGGUACUCGCUGAGCUCCUGUAGGUAACCUCUGGAGGGCCAGCGCAGACGUUCCACCUGCUCACGCUCCUCGUCUGGCAAAAAAAGCAUCACCGGGACUAAGAAAGUAUUGCGACAACAUCUCCUGGCUGCAACCCACCCCUUCAAAGCAUUUAAACGGAGCGUUAUAUCCGUCCACCAGAUUUCUCUUUAUCUUUCACUUCAAUUGUAAUGUAGGCUGACAAUGUAAUUGCCUCUAUAAUAUCUAUAUGAGUUUCUCACUAGAUAAUGCAUGAGGAAAUUAUAAGGUUGCUUUAUAACCCUAAAGGGAGCGUGAUGAAAAUAAAACUUUUCCUGUCACUG